GGCGAUCAGAAGAGAGGGAAAGCCGUGAACCUAACUCGCACUGAUCCUGCAAAAAAAAAAAAUCCAGAGAGAUUUGAUGGGGGAGUUCGUGACAGUGGACGGUAUGUUAAGGGACUAAAUCAAAAGAACAGACAGUGAGACACAGAGACGAACAGAGAGGCGAUCUCCAGGUGUUGUGCCUUUUUUUUGUUUUCCUUCUUCCUGCUGGACAGCGUGAGGUUUUUGAGUUGUGGAUUGUCUAGUUUAGGUCGUCGUGCGCUGGCUUGAGUGAGGGUUGCCAGUCAAUGGCUCUGAUGGAUAAACACAAAGUCAAACGGCAGAGGUUGGACCGCAUCUGUGAAGGCAUUCGCCCUCCAAUUCUGAACGGGCCGAUGCACCCGCGCCCCCUAGUGGCUCUGCUCGAUGGGCGCGACUGCACAGUGGAGAUGCCCGUCCUCAAGGACGUGGCCACCGUGGCGUUUUGCGAUGCCCAAUCCACCCAGGAGAUCCACGAGAAGGUGCUGAACGAGGCGGUGGGCGCGCUCAUGUACCACACCAUCACGCUCUCGCGGGACGACUUGGACAAGUUCAAGGGUCUGCGCAUCAUCGUCAGGAUCGGCAGCGGGUUCGACAACGUGGACAUCAAGGCCGCGGCCGAGCUGGGCAUCGCUGUGUGUAACGUGCCGUCCUCGUCGGUGGAGGAGACGGCCGACACUGCGCUCUGCCUGAUUCUGAACCUGUACCGGCGGGUCACCUGGAUGCACCAGGCCCUGCGGGAGGGCACGCGUGCCUCCAGCGUGGAGCAGAUCCGGGAGGUGGCCAGUGGGGCCGCCCGAAUCCGGGGCGAGACACUGGGCAUCAUCGGCCUGGGGCGCGUUGGCCAGGCGGUGGCGCUGCGUGCCAAGGCCUUUGGAUUCGGCGUGAUCUUCUAUGACCCCUACCUGCCGGACGGCGUGGAGCGUUCCCUGGGCCUCCAGCGGAUGCCCACCUUGCAGGACCUGCUCAUCCACUCGGACUGCGUGUCCCUGCACUGCAGCCUGAACGAGCACAACCACCACCUCAUCAACGACUUCACCAUCAAGCAGAUGCGGCAGGGGGCGUUCCUGGUGAACACGGCGCGGGGCGGGCUGGUGGAUGAGAAGGCCCUCGCGCAGGCGCUUAAGGAAGGCCGGAUACGAGGCGCCGCUCUGGACGUCCACGAGACGGAGCCCUUCAGCUUCUCUCAGGGCCCAUUAAAGGACGCCCCGAAUCUGAUCUGCACCCCUCACUCUGCCUGGUACAGCGAGCAGGCGUCUAUCGAGGCCAGAGAGGAGGCUGCGAGGGAGGUGCGGCGAGCUAUUACAGGUCGCAUACCAGACAGCCUGAAGAACUGCGUCAACAAGGAGUACCUGAUGGCCACGCCUCAGUGGACUGGCAUGGACGCCUCCUCUGUGCACUCAGAGCUGAAUGGAGCUGCUGCCUACAGGUUCCCCACGGGUCUGGUUGGGGUGACAGCAGGCGGCCUGUCCGGGGCUGGGGCGGCUGUGGAAGGCAUUGUUUCGGGGACCCUGCCCAUGGCUCACGGCAUUGCACCGGUGUCCCGCCCCCCUCACACCCCUUCGCCGGGCCAGCCCUCAAAAGCGGAGACAGACCGAGACAUCCCAGCUGACCAAUAGCCCCCCAUUCCCAAAAUCACCGCCACAUUCCGGCACCCACGGAGACACCCUCCACCUUCACACGGGAACGUUGCCCCAGAUCUCCCAGCUCUGGUCCGGUCCCAUAGAACUGAACAGAACACCCCCAGGAGGGACCAGUCUGCAGUCUCUCCCUCCUCUCUCCUCUCUCUCUCUCUCUCUCUCUCUCUCUCUCUCUCUCUCU